CUAAAAACCCCAUCCUCCCCUCAUUCGUUCACUUUCAUGGACUACCACCGCUCACAGGCCAGGAUCUCUGCCGAUCAGCAGCAGUUCACGUCGAAUAUCCAGCGGAGUCUAAUAGCAUGCAAUAAUUGCCGCCAGAGCAAGACCAGAUGCAAUCCUCCGUCAGAUGGUAAAAAGCAGGGGCCUUGCGAGCGCUGUGCCCGGAAAGCGCUUCGAUGCCAGUUUGUGGAGGACAGAUCCCACAAGGCUGAUCCUCAACACGCCAGUGCCCAAG